AAAAUAUACUCAGCGUAAACAAACCAAUUUUCACUUCAUAGUAAGGGUAAUACACGAAAUAUCGAAAGAAUGCCAGCAGGACAUUUAGAAAAUUCCAACUUUGUGCCAAAUUAACUAUUCAAUAAAACAUGGAUGCUGCAGAAGCCUUUGAGAGCCUUGCUAAUCUUGAACAAGAUUUCGGAAAGGCUGAACUCGAAAUCUUAAAGAAGCAGAAUGAAAUGUUCAAGCCUCUUUUCGAGAAACGUCGUGAUAUCUUGAAAAACAUUCGCAACUUCUGGGUGGUUGUUCUUGAAGCUGCAGGUGAUGAAAUCAGCCAAUACAUCACUCCUGAAGACAGCAUCCUCUUGGAAAAGUUGGAAAACAUCUAUGUCGAAAGAUACAAUAAGGAAGAUCCUCGUGAUGUCCGCAUCACCUUGACUUUCCAACCUAACGAUUAUUUGGAGGAUGAUAACCUUAGUUUGGUUAAGGAAGUUCGAGUGAAAGAAAGCACCACGAAGGACGAAGAGGGUUUGGAAAAAACCAACACCUCUCUUGUUUCAAAGCCUGUCGACAUCAAGUGGAAGUCUGGAAAGAGCCUUUUCCGCAAGAACCAAGAUAGCCCUCCAAAUUUCUUUGACUAUUUCCGUUGGACUGGUGAAGAACAUGACGAUGAUUUUGACGGUGCUUCUCUCACCAUCUUUUUGGCUGAAGAUUUGUUUCCCAAUGCUGUCAAGUACUUCACUGAAGCCAUGACCGAGGAAGCUAGCGAUGAAGAAGGUUCAGUGGAUUUAGAAGAAGAAGAUGAUGAUGAUGAUGAAGGAGAGGGAGAAGAUGAGGCCGCACAAGGAGAUAAUCAAGAGCCACCCUCUAAAAAAUCCAAAAAAUAGAGUUACAAACAAUGGGGAUAGAUUAAUCUCAUGGGUUUCAAAUUCCGUUUAAGCGACACUGUUGGAUAAAAUACAUGUAGCGUGAAUCCAUGUAUGCUUGAUUAUCAUAAGGGUCAUUGCACGUAAAACCGUUUACAGAAGAACAAUGAGUACAAGUAAAACUAUUAAUAUAAAGAUCAAAACAGUAAUGCAACAACCUGACUUUGAAUCUAAAAG